AUGGCGCCGAAUCUCACAGAAGAAGAAAUCGACGAUCUCGUCUACUUCGCCAGAGUAGGCGAAGAUGCGGAUCUUACAGAGACGCUGACGGCCCUGUCAGAGCGCGAGAAGGCGUCUCCAGCGGAGAUUCUGCUGGCCGCCAAGGAUGAGGGCAAAUCAACGACUUUACACAUGGCGGCGGGAAAUGGCCAUCUAGAAACUGUUCGCAAACUCAUUCAAUACUUUGAUGAGAGACCAAAGGAAGAGAAGAAGACUUUCCUGGACGACGCAAAUGAACAUGGAAACACCGGCAUGCACUGGGCAGCACUUGGAGGUCAUCUGGAUAUUGUCAAGCUUCUCAUGGAGCAAGGUGCUUUGCCUGCGCUGGCCAACGAGCGAAACUACGUUCCCCUGGACUUGGCCUACUUUAACGAACACAACGACGUUGCGCAAUUCUUUCUGGCAUCUGCCGGUAUGCUGGAGGAGAAGAACCAGGAGAGCGGAUUGAACGGUGCCGUGGAGGCAGUCAAGCUGGACGAGGCUGAGGGUCAAGGAGAGGAGGAGAACCAAGCUUCUGCUUCAUGAGGAGUUGGAGGGCGUUUUAUAGACGGGAGAAGAAAAAUUAUUGUCUUUACGGUUAGGCGACGACUUGUCAUGGCGGUAGGCACAUUGAAAGGAAUGGACAGAUAGGGAUGGGUCUGCUGGAACAAAAAAAGGAUACUAUAUUUACGAUGACCUGGGUUCGGAUAGACUUUGAAGAGCAUUGCCGCUCUAAUUUAUGAAUUUGCACUAGCAUAAUAAGCAGCCCAAGAUUGCUCGCG